CUCUCUGCCGCAGCUCUCCCAGCCCUCAGACCGAAUCUCUAUCUUCCCUCUUUCGAUUUCCAGCCACGGCAACCAGUGAUUUAAACUGUCUUUUUCGCUGCGCGGUGAAAGGUUGCGUUUAUCCGGGCUGUUCCCGGCGGCUAAACGGGGUGGCAACAAAUAGAGCAGUUAAUACGUAGAAAACAAGACUGAAAACCAAACAAAACUUGGAUCUGUUGCGUUUGUGUUCCGUAAACAACGCGGAACGUACCUCAAUCUCUCUUGUGAUUAUUUCCUCUUUUCUCUCGAGAAAAGGCUGUUGGAUUGGGUUCGAGCAGACGGGAUUCUUACUUCUCAACGGCGAGAUAUAAAAAGUUUUGACCCGUUUUUAGCCUAAACGCGGAGGACACAUUUUACAUGCAGGAAAAGCGACGAAUUCCAUCCUGCUGCUUGACUGGCAUCAAUUCUAAAGUUAGUUUCCAGAUGCAGAGUAAACAAACACGGGUUGCAAGCGAAAAAAGACAUUGCCUAACAGUGCAAGCGUUUACUUAGAGACCCUUUGCGUCUAUCUUCAUUUGGAGUUUUGAGGAGAAGGCUUGUUUUUGAGGAGCAGGGCUUGCUUCUCGAUGCACUGAAUGAGGAACGUCCCAUGUGCGGCUUUCACCUUUUCUGAAACCCUUCAGACCCACGGAAGUUUCUCUGUGGUACAUCUUGAGUACAAUACAUCCCUUUAAUACCUUGCUGCUGCAGUAAAAUGUCUUACCUGGAUCAUCCCCUUCAGAAACACUUCCUCUGAUGCACGUUUGCUCUCAAAACAGUUCUGCUCAACGUCCUGGCAACUUGUGAACACUGUAUCACCUACCUGAAGCAUUCCGUCAUCGUCCAGUCUUACGUUUACAAGUGGAUUGAUCCGAAGUCUCACGUCCUGACGCGUGACUGAAACUCAGCAAGUCAAAAUGGCUAACAACACUGCAGACCACCCACCUGGGAACUCGGUCGCCGAGGUCGACCACGAAGGCGACUUUGGCAUCACGACGAUGCAGCUCCGUGAGCUGAUGGAGCUCCGCAGUAGCGAGGCAGUCAACAAGAUUGCAGAAUGCUACGGAGACGUGCAAGGGAUCUGCCGCAGGCUCAAGACCUCACCUGUCGAGGGCCUCUCUGGUAACCCUGCUGAUUUGGAAAAGCGUCACACGGCGUUUGGUAAAAACUUCAUCCCCCCCAAGAAGCCCAAGACCUUUCUGCAGUUGGUAUGGGAGGCCCUGCAGGAUGUCACCCUCAUUAUUCUGGAGGUGGCAGCCAUUAUUUCUCUCGGCCUGUCCUUCUACCAUCCACAAGGGGAAGGCAACGACAACUGUGGCCAAGCAUCUGGGGGUGUUGAGGAUGAGGGUGAGGCCCAGGCAGGCUGGAUCGAAGGUGCUGCCAUCUUGUUCUCGGUCAUUAUCGUUGUGCUGGUGACCGCCUUCAAUGACUGGAGUAAAGAAAAGCAGUUCCGUGGGCUGCAGAGCCGCAUCGAGCAGGAACAGAAGUUCACGGUCAUCCGCAUGGGUCAGGUCAUCCAGAUCCCGGUGGCUGAAAUCGUUGUGGGAGAUAUUGCACAAAUCAAAUACGGUGACCUUCUCCCAGCUGAUGGUAUUUUGAUCCAAGGUAAUGACCUGAAGAUUGAUGAAAGCUCUCUGACUGGGGAGUCCGAUCAUGUCCGCAAAUCUCUGGAGAAGGAUCCCAUGCUUCUUUCUGGAACUCACGUGAUGGAGGGAUCUGGCCGAAUGGUGGUCACUGCCGUGGGCCUGAAUUCUCAGACUGGAAUCAUUUUCACCCUUUUGGGCGCCGGCAGUGAGGAUGAAGAGAAGAAGGUGAAGAAAGGUAAAAAACAAGGACCCCCUGAAAAUCGCAACAAAGCUAAGACCCAGGAUGGCAUUGCUUUGGAGAUCCAACCGCUGAAGAGUGAGGAAGGUGGGGAGUCAGAGGAGAAGGAGGAGAAAGAAGAAAAGGAGAAAAGGAAGGUCAACGUCACCAAGAAAGAAAAGUCGGUCCUUCAGAGCAAGCUGACCAGGCUAGCUGUUCAGAUUGGAAAAGCAGGUCUCAUCAUGUCUGCUGUGACCGUCAUCAUCCUCAUCCUGUACUUUGUCAUUGAUACAUUUGGCGUCCAGGGCCGCGAGUGGACAGCAGAGUGCACUCCAAUCUACAUUCAAUACUUUGUGAAGUUUUUCAUUAUUGGCGUGACCGUGCUGGUGGUAGCCGUGCCUGAGGGGCUCCCUCUAGCUGUCACUAUCUCCCUGGCUUAUUCUGUCAAGAAAAUGAUGAAAGACAACAACCUGGUGAGGCACCUGGAUGCCUGUGAGACCAUGGGUAAUGCCACUGCCAUCUGCUCUGACAAAACUGGAACGCUGACUAUGAAUCGCAUGACAGUGGUCCAGGCUUUCAUAGGUGACACACACUAUAAAAGCGUUCCUGAAUCAGAGGCCAUUAAUCCAGAGACUCUUGAGAUGCUGGUGAACAGCAUCUCCAUAAACUCAGCCUACACUACCAAGAUCCUGCCUCCUGAGAAGGAGGGAGGUCUGCCAAGGCACGUGGGUAAUAAGACAGAGUGUGCCCUUCUCGGUCUGGUAUUAGACCUGAAGAGAGACUAUCAGCCUAUUAGAGAUGAGGUUCCUGAGGAGAAACUUUAUAAGGUUUACACAUUCAACUCCUCCCGGAAGAGCAUGAGCACUGUACUAAAGAACACCAGUGGUCCCGGCUUCCGAAUGUACAGCAAAGGCGCCUCUGAGAUUGUCCUGCGCAAGUGUUCCCAUAUCCUUGAUGCUUCAGGCCAGCCACGUGUCUUCAAGGCCAAAGAUCGGGAUGAGAUGGUGCGGAAAGUGAUCGAGCCAAUGGCCUGUGACGGGUUAAGGACCAUUUGCAUAGCCAUGAGGGACUUCACAACAGAGCCAGACUGGGACAACGAGGCUGACAUUCUGAAUGACCUGACCUGCAUCUGUGUUGUGGGCAUUGAAGACCCUGUUCGCCAUGAGGUUCCUGAGGCUAUCUCUAAAUGUCAGCGAGCAGGCAUCACUGUCCGUAUGGUCACUGGAGACAACAUCAACACAGCCCGUGCCAUCGCCACCAAAUGUGGAAUCCUGCAGCCUGGAGAGGACUUCCUGUGCCUGGAAGGCAAAGACUUCAACCAGCAGAUUCGCAAUGACAAAGGAGAGGUUGAACAAGAGCGUCUUGACAAGGUCUGGCCCAAACUUCGUGUUCUGGCUCGUUCCUCGCCAACAGACAAACACACUCUGGUUAAAGGCAUCAUUGACAGCACAGUUGGAGAAACCAGACAGGUGGUGGCUGUGACUGGAGACGGCACUAACGACGGACCUGCCCUCAAAAAAGCGGAUGUUGGCUUUGCUAUGGGUAUAGCGGGCACAGAUGUUGCAAAGGAGGCCUCUGACAUCAUCCUUACCGAUGACAACUUCACCAGUAUCGUCAAAGCUGUGAUGUGGGGGCGCAAUGUCUACGACAGCAUCUCCAAGUUUUUGCAGUUUCAAUUGACUGUCAAUGUGGUGGCAGUGAUUGUUGCUUUCACUGGGGCCUGCAUCACACAGGACUCUCCACUUAAAGCUGUUCAGAUGUUGUGGGUCAAUCUGAUUAUGGAUACACUGGCUUCUUUGGCUCUGGCAACGGAACCCCCAACAGAAGCGCUCCUGCUGAGGAGACCUUACGGACGAGACAAGCCACUCAUUUCCAGGACUAUGAUGAAGAACAUCUUGGGUCAUGCUGUUUACCAACUUAUCAUCACAUUUACUCUUCUCUUUGCUGGUGAGAAAAUCUUUAACAUUGAUAGUGGCCGCAACUCCCCUCUACACUCCCCACCAUCCGAACACUACACCAUAAUCUUCAACGUCUUCGUCAUGAUGCAGCUUUUCAAUGAGAUCAAUGCCCGCAAAAUCCACGGAGAGAGGAACGUGUUUGAAGGAAUUUACAGGAACCCCAUUUUCUGCUGCGUUGUUCUGGGAACCUUUGCUCUGCAGAUAAUCAUAGUGCAGUUUGGAGGGAAGCCGUUCUCUUGCACGGCCCUCACCAUCGAUCAGUGGCUCUGGUGUGUCUUCAUAGGAGUUGGUGAGCUGCUUUGGGGCCAGUUCAUCUCUGCCAUCCCCACACACCGCCUCAAAUUCUUGAAGGAGGCUGGUCACGGCAUCCCCAAAGGGGACAUCUCCGAGGAGGUGCUAACCGAAGGUGCAGAUGAAAUUGACCUUGCUGAGAUGGAGCUGCGCAGAGGACAGAUCCUGUGGUUCAGAGGACUCAACCGCAUUCAGACUCAGAUGGAUGUGGUUUAUACAUUCCAGACGGGCCAAACGGCGGUGCCUGGGGCCCUGCGUCGCCAGCCCUCCGUGGUCAGUCAGCAGAACGACAUUAAGGUGGUGAACGCAUUCCGCAGCUCCCUAUACGAGGGCCUAGAGAAGCCAGAAUCCAGAAGCUCCAUCCAUAACUUCAUGUCCCACCCUGAGUUUGUACCCCUCUCCGAGGAGGAACCCCACGUCCCCACAAUAGAUGAGGGCUGUGUAGAGAUUGAGCACCGCCCCUCCUCUUCCAGAAACGGAGGUGGCGGUGAACCCCCGGACCGCUCUCUUCACAGCCAUGAAUUCUCUGUGUGACCCUUCCAUCAUUCUCCAGUGCAACUGCCCCAAAAUCAUCAUUUUUUUGUUUUGUUUGUUGUGUUUUUAAAACCUGUGCACCACUCCUUCGGUGGAGCCCUGCUGAUGCACAUCUGAGAGACAGCACCUACAGCGGCCGAUGGGGCGACUACGAUCCCUUUCACCUCUCCUCCAUCCUCCCCACCCCUCUGCCCCUCUCAACUUGCACUGUGUCAGCGACAGCAGCGCUCUGUAAGUACAUGCGGCAGUGCUGCAGCCCAUGUGACGCAUGGCCUAACUUACACACUAGAGGGCAACGCUGUGGCAAAUGUCCUCUCUCAGCCUGUCACUGGCAUUUUUAUCUCUUCUACAGUUGUGAUUUUUCUCAUUUUUAUAUUGUCACGUCUCUGGUCUUGUGUAAUGCUGUAAUCAUUUUUGUUAUUUGUCCCAGGACUCUGUUACAUAGUUUUUGUUUUGUUUUUUUGCUGAUACAGCCGAUUAUGUUCAUGCACUCAGUUGCUGUUUGAAUAGAUUUUGCUCUCUUUUUUUUCAUCUUUCGAUUUGCUCUGUUUUAAGGUGGAUUGAAAAACAUGGCAGUGAAGCUACCUAUGUUCUUUUAGUUUUUAAAAUGAUUUUAUGAUCUAAUAGAUGUUUUAAGUAGUUCAGACACACUACAUUCUUGUUCUGUUUUCCGAGGUUGUCAUACAAUGCUGUUUGGCUCAUUUUGGGUUUCCUGUCACUUUAUAUGUACAGAUAUAAGGCUGCUAUAGUGAACGUUAGCAGAAUAAAAGACUAAUAAACUUAUUUGAUAGCUAAGUUAAGAAUACCUGAUUGGCUCUUAAGGGGGCAGGGAGGGCCAUCUUACACAUCAUCUCAUCGAAAUCACACCCAAUGGGCAUCUCUAGUCUCUUGUUAAUGUUCAUCUGCCUCAAAAGAAAUGCCUGGCUAAUUGACCAAGUACUUUAUCAAAGGUACAGCACCUCAUCAUAGUGUGCAUGUAUCUGUCUUUAGGUUCAUCUGUGUCUGAUUGUAUGGGAAUGGUUAAUUGUAAUACUAAUCUUUAUGGGAUAAUGACUAAUGAAUAGGAUUUUCCUUUUUCUUGUUUCCUCUUUCAGAAAAAAAAUGCGAUAGGAAUGAUUCUGUAUGUGUGUACUUUCAAAUCCAGUCUUUUUCUCAUCUCAGCUCUGCAGUUAGGUGUCCUCCUUGUUAUCUAACAUAAGGCUGUGCUCCACAUAAGCUCCAAGUUAAGCAGACGGCACUGGUAGAGCUCCAAAAUCCCAUCCCUGAACUUAGCCUGUGAGGGUAAGGAUACUGCACGUACUGUAGUAAGCAUGCUUUUGCUAUUACAAAAAAAAAAAAAAGAAAGAAAACACUCAAACACACAAUAGCAUGCAGCAAGGGCCUCUGUUGGACCCUGUGAGCUCUGUUGAAACCUGGGUGACAAACUAGAUUGGACUGUUUUCAUAAGAGUGCGGCCUCAACGACAUGUGCUUUUUAUUAGCCGAAACAUACUACUACCAUAGACCGACCUUCCUCUCAUACCAAUCUAGGUUCGAUGGAUUCCUCAAAUUAUACCUUUUUCUACUUGCUCAGAGCCAUAUUUUAUAGAUUGUUCUUUUAUAUCCCAUUUUUGCAGUUUAUUUUAUAUUUCCAACCAAAUUCUAAAAACACACAGAGAGUCACUGCCUAAAGAAAAAAGGAAAAAAAUCCCUGGAUGGACCACUUUAAUGUUUACGGAAAGGUUCCACAGCAGUCGGCUGAUGCUGCACUUCCCCCUACUGGCAAUUUUUGUUAUUUCACUUAAGUGGAACAUGGUAUGUUAUUGUGGGUAAGCAUGCAUGAAUUUCAUAUAAAACUCAAUGCUUUGUUCCUUUUUUACAAUUGUUCUGUAUUUUUAUAUUAAGUACUUUUUAAUAUUUUGGAAAAAUAUAUAAAUAUAGGUGUAUAGGCCAGAGAGUUUGGUGACAUGACAAAUUAGUAAAAUAAGCAGUUUAGUAUUUAUAUAUGUAUGCCGUGUUUGUAACCAAAUGCGGUGUCAGAUUAGAUGUCCGAGCUGAGAAAGUUCUGUGUUUACUCUAAAGUCAAGGGGUCUGGUCGAGUUCUCAAUUUAAUGGCCUUAUCCUGAAUUGUGUACUCCAAAUCUGCAGCCAUAGGUUAAUGUGCUGGCUGUGCAAAGUCUUUAAAAUAAUAUUAUUUGCCACCUAAUUGGAAUCUAUUGAACUAAAGUCGAGAAAUGUUAAAGGAUUUCAACUUUUAUGUUCUUUCUGUGAGAUUUCUGUAUCACCCAUUAAAGUGGCAAAGUGUUGGCUAUCGAAAAUAGAGAUCAUUACGUAUUCUCUGUGUUGUCAUCAUUUUAACUUUGAUUUGUCUUUGUGAAAACAUUUUUGUCAUAUGCAGCUCUGGAUAUAAAUUAAGCAUACAUACUGUAUGUUACACGAAAAUACAAAAUGUAUUUGACUUCAUUUGGAAGCAGUCAGACGGUUUCCAGUUAGAGCUUUAUAUAAAUUCUGCCAAAGUGUUGCUUUGUACAGUCAGUUCUGACUUAUGUCUUUGUUCUUGUUCAUUUGGAAUAACUUAUAACUGGAUUUCAUCCUUAUUUGGACAUUUCCUUCCCAUGAGGAUCUAAAAUAUGCCCCUUCAUUUUUAUUUUUUCAUUACUUGAUCAUAAUGGAUGCAGAAAAAAGGGGGAAACGAUCAAAGCCAUUGUCUUUAAUUUUCUUUUCUGGUUCCCUUUAACAGCUCCUUCUGUUAUUGCACAUGUUUUUCUCUCUCGCAUUGUGUAAACUGAGAAUCGCUUCAAGGUGUCGUGCAAUAACUUAGAAUUUUAAUGCAUUACUACUCUACUGAUGUUGUCUGACAGUUCUUGUUUGCUUGGUUGGGGACGGGAGGAAAUUAUACACCACAGCUGUAAAUAAAAGAUCGUUUUAAAACUGGAA